ACUUCCCAAGGAGGGAUGCUGCCAAGCGACAGCCCUUCAGCUGCCACAUCUGCUUCUCUGCAGAAUGGGUCCUCAGGCACUGCCCAGGGCAGGCCUUAACUGUUUAGGCACACGGCUUUUUUGUCCAAGGGCAUACUGGGAUGGGGUCACGCUAACGAGACCGGCACAGGCUCAGGGUAUGCAGGACCAUCACCAGGGAACGAGCCCAGCGAGGCAGCUCGUCGGCGGCCCGGGCUUCGGGGUGCAGCUGGGCUGCCCCGAGGGCCACAGCGGGCUGCUGCAGCUGCAGGAAGCGGAGAUCCGCCAGCUGGAGGGGCUGAGGAAGUGGAUGGGGCAGCGCGCCAAGAGCGACCGCGAGUACGCCGCCCUGCUGCACCAGAUGUACUGCGCGGCCGAGAAGCAGGAGAGCAGCCGGCAGCCCGGCCCCAGCCAGACCGGCCAGUGCUGGUGGUCGCUGGUGACCCAGACGGAGGCGCUGAGCCAGCUCCUGCAGCAGCACGCCGAGGCCCUGCUUUCGGGGCCCGUCCACAAACUCAGCCUGCUCGCCCGCGACAAGCAGCAGCUGCGCCGGUGCUACAACGAGCAGUGGCAGCAGCUGAGCCAGGAGUUCGCCCGGGCCACUCAACAAGAGCCUGAGCGACUGAAGGCCCAGUACCUCACCCACAUCCGUGAGAGCGCCCAGGCGAAGCGCAAGUACCAGGAAGCCAGCAAAGAAAAGGAGCGAGAGAAAGCCAAAGACCGAUAUGUGCGGAGCCUGUGGAAGCUCUACUCGUUGCACAACCAGUACGUGCUGGCCCUCAGGGCCGCGGAAGUACACCAUGCCCACCACUUCCAGCAGGUGCUGCCCGGCAUGCUGCAAUCUCUCUACAGCCUGCAGAUGGAGAUGGCCCACAUCACAAAGGAGGCAUUGCAGGAGUACGCUGCCAUCACCAGCCUCGUGCAAGAAGAGAUGGUGUCUGUGCACCAAGCAAUGCGCAGGGCCCUCGAGCGCCUCCACCCGGCCGCGGAGUAUAACGGCUUCACUCCCCAGUGCAGCUGCGGGAGCGAGCCCCCUUCAGUGGUGGCCUUUGACAAGAGCCUUCUGGAGGACGUGGAGGCAGAAGGCCUGCAAGCAGGGGAGCUGCAGCUGAACGAGCUCACCCUGGAAAGCGUGCAGCACACCCUCACCUCAGUAGAGGAGGAGCUGGCUGGGGCCAUCAGAAGCACCGAGAACCACCAGCAGCGGGUCCAGGCCCUGCAGGGAGAAAUCCAGAAGGAAGAGUGUGCCGGCAGCACUGCAGAGCGGGUCCUCCUGCUGGCAAAGCGCCAGGCCCUGCACGAAGCCCUGCUCCACGCUCAGGUGGCCCAAUGCAGUCAGGCCAAGCUUCAGGCCCAAAAGGAGGUGCUGCAACACAAGCUGAAGGAACUGGGCUCCAGGGACCCCCCGCCUGCCCCAACCCUGCAAGAGGAGAGUCAGCCACUGAUCCCUGUGGGGCAGGAACUGGAACGUGAUGGGACUCGAAGACCGGCCUUGGAGGUCCUGAAACACCACUUCUCCGGCAUCUUCCGCCCGCGCUUCUCCCUGCCACCCGCUAUGCCUGUCCUGCCGGAGGCACAAAAGCCCCUCAGCCAGCAAGCCUGGUACCAUGGUGCCAUCCCCCGCCUGGAGGUGCUGCAGCUGCUGCAGGCUGACGGGGACUUCUUGGUGCGGGAGAGCCAAGGCAAGCAGGAGUAUGUCCUCUCUGUGCUGUGGGAUGGCCAGCCCCGGCACUUCAUCCUCCAAGCGGUGGAGAACCAGUAUCGCCUGGAGGGCGAAGCAUUCCCAACCAUCCCCCUGCUCAUCGACCAUUUCCUUAAGACCAAGCAGCUUGUCACGAAGAAGAGUGGCAUCCUUUUGGUCAAGCCCAUCAUCAAGGACAAGUGGGUGCUGGCGCAUGAGGACAUUCUGUUGGGAGAGCGCAUAGGGCAGGGCCACUUUGGGGAGGUGUUCAGUGGGCGCCUGCUUUCCGACAACACUCCAGUGGCCGUGAAGUCCUGCCGUGAAACUCUCCCGCCGGAGCUGAAGGCCAGAUUCCUGCAAGAGGCUAGGAUCCUAAAGCAAUAUGAUCACCCCAAUAUUGUUCGACUCAUUGGCGUCUGCACUCAGAAACACCCCAUUUACAUUGUCAUGGAGCUAGUUCAGGGAGGAGACUUUCUUAGCUUCCUGCGGAAUGAUGGGGCCCGGCUGAAAGUGAAGGAGCUGCUCCGGAUGAUGCAGGAUGCAGCAGCGGGGAUGGAGUAUCUGGCAAGCAAGUGCUGCAUCCACCGGGAUCUAGCGGCACGGAACUGCCUGGUGACAGAGAAUAACAAACUCAAGAUCAGUGACUUUGGGAUGUCCCGAGAGGAGGAAGAUGGCAUUUAUUCCUCCAUGGGCGGCAUGAAGCAGAUCCCUGUGAAGUGGACAGCACCGGAAGCCCUCUGUUACGGUCGGUACUCUUCUGAAAGUGAUGUCUGGAGCUUUGGGAUCCUGGUUUGGGAAACCUUCAGUCUGGGUGCUACACCUUAUUCCAAUAUGAGCAACCAGCAGACCCGUGAGGCUGUGGAAAAGGGAAUGAGGAUGAGUUGUCCCGAUCAGUGCCCGAAAGAAGUGUAUCAGCUCAUGCUGAGGUGCUGGGAAUACAACCCCCAGGACAGGCCAAUGUUUAGCACCCUUCUCCGGGAACUUGUUGCUUUUCAGAAGAAGCUGUUGUGAGGGCGGCAGCACCCAGCCUUCUCUGGCUAUGGGCUUUGGGCAGAGCUAGACAUUCUCACCAGACACCUCGGCCUGCAUCUUUGUGCCUUUGCUUCGUCUUUGCCCCACUCCCCAUGGAGAUUGAUUUCCAAAAUCUGCCAUCUGUUCCCUUGUUAGAUCAAGUUUCUCUGAAGGUGACAACAGCUGUAAUCAGGGCUUUUUUUCAGCUGGAACGCAGUGGAACGGAGUUCCGGAACCUCUUGAAAAUGGUCACAUGGCUGGUGGCCCCGCCCUCUGUCUGGAGAUCAGGGGGCGGGGCCACCAGCCAUGUGACCAUUUUCUCCAAGGGCAACCCACUGACUUCCACCACCUCUUUUCCCAGAA